UGGAGUUUCACUUCAUUUUUCUACAGAGCAGCUUCACAUCAGCUCAUCUGUCAUUUUAUUCCUGAAGCAGUUUUGAAGAGUUUGUCUUUUCAUAUUUGUGGACUAAAAGUGUUGAAGAUGUUUCGCACAGUUUUCUUCUGUCUGUGUUUCUGGCAUCUGGAUGGUGUGUUUGGUGAUGAUGAAGUGAAGCUUAUGAUGAAGGGAGAUUCAUUCCCUCUAAACUCUGAUCUCACUGAAAUAAAGGAUGAUGAUGUGAUUCAGUGGAAAUAUGAAAACACUUUAAUCGCUGAAAUCAAUAAACGGGCCGACAGAAUCGCUGUAUAUGAUGAUGUUCUUGAUGGGAGAUUCAGAGACAGACUGAAGCUGAACAAUCAAACUGGAUCUCUGACCAUCAUAAACAUCACUGAAGAGAUUGGAGAUUAUUUUCUACAGAUCAACGGUGUGAGAAAGAGAAAGAUCAAUAUUGGUUCCUAUGCAUCAGUGACAUCCGUGUCAGUGAAGGCGGGAGAAUCACUCACUCUAAACUCUGAUCUCACUGAAAUAAAAGUAUCAAUAUAUCUGCUACAAACUCUGUUUCUGUUUGUUGAUACAGUUGAAAUAUCAGUGAAUGAGGGAGAAUCACUCACUGUAAACUCUGAUCUCACUGAAAUAAAGGAUUAUGAUUGGAUUCGGUGGAUGUUUGGAGAUGAAAAUAUUCUAAUAUCUGAAAUUAAUUUAAAGGCCGACAGAAUCACUGUAUAUGAUGAUUAUCUAGGGAGAUUCAGAGACAGACUGAAGCUGAACAAUCAAACUGGAUCUCUGACCAUCACAAACAUCACAACUGAACAUGCUGGAGAUUAUAAACUACGGAUGAUGUUUUCAUACGGUUUCUCAUUAAAAGCAUUCAGAGUUUCUGUCUCUGCUCGUCUGCCUGUUCCUGUCAUCAGCAGAGACUGUUCUUCAUCUUCAUCUUCAUGUUCAUUGGUGUGUUCAGCUGUGAAUGUGGGUCAUGUGACUCUCUCCUGGUACAAAGGAACCAGUUUAUUGUCCAGCGGCAGUGUGUUUUAUCGCCACAUGAGUCUCUCUCUGCCUCUGGAUGUGGAAUAUCAGGAUAAAAACACCUACAUCUGUGUGCUGAACAAUCCCAUCAGCAACCAGACUCAACAUCUCAACAUCUCUCAACUCUGUCACACAUGUUCAGACUCUGUCCACUGCUGUGGUCCUACUGAAGCUGUGAUCCGAUUGGUCCUCUCUGCUCUGGUGGGCGUGGCUACUGUCAUUCUUCUGGUUUAUGACAUCAGAUCCAGAAGAGCUGAACAAGAUCAAGCACAUAUUCACACAUCAGAAACCUAA